UCACCCUUUUGAAAGCGAAUCGCUACACUUUCUGCACUCAAGGACAACAAAAACUCGUGCAAUGUGCAUUGUGCAUUGGUCAUUGUGCACGCGAAAAAACAGUGGAAGCGGACAAGGAAAGCAUCUAGAAGCGUGAAGAAUAAUAUAAAAAAGAAAAUUAUUGUAAAUUCAGCGUGAAAUGUUUUGUCGGCCAACGCAGCUUGUUAUUGUUCGUCGAACGUGACGAACGAAAAACAUGUUUUAAAAUAUAAACAAUCCUAUUACCAUAUAAACAGUAUCUAUCGUUUGAACAUGGAGAGAUUCCGGAACCUCGACUGGUAUCCCGCGUUGGAGGACAUGAUAGACAAUGUAUUCAUCAGGGACGAGAGAAUGGAGCGCGAAAGUGCGAUGUAUAGAAUCAUGAACGACUGCUUCACAGAUCCGUUUGACGAUAUCAAAAGCGACUAUGCCGAUGUCGAUGUAGAGUUGAUUAAAAAGUAUCUCCGUGAGGAUGGCGAGGUACUUUCCAGCGACACGGAGGACAAGGAUGAGCAAGAAGUCGAGCACGGGAGUAACACUCGUGUGCAAAAACACAAGUUUUAUGUACCUGGAAUAAGAAAAUUGCCGUUUUACUUUCCUAAAAGGUCUCGUUUGAAUAAGGAACAGCAAACUAUGUGCCUUCGAGUUUUAUUGAGAUUAUCUAGCAAUGAAAGAAAGGGAAUGAACGACGAAGAAAGGAAGGAAUUGCAAGAAUACAUGGCCUUGCAGGAGACAAUAUCCGAAGAACAGAAAGAAUUUUUAGUGUUUGCAAAGAGCAAGUGGGAUGAUUCUUUUCCCUGGUUGAUCAAAUGUAAUAAAUUUGUCGCAUUAAAAUGGAAGGCAAAAAUGCAGGAAUUUAAAAAGUUACCGAGAUUUUAUGCUGAAUCUAUGAAUAUACCACUUUCUGUACAGAAGAAUAAUUUUAGAAUCAAAGCCAUUAAAGUAACAUUCAUCUCUUGUUUACGAGAGGGAACCUUUUCGAAGGUGACAUUGCCGAAACUCGAUCUGGUAAAAGUUUCGUUAUUUACGAAUCAUGACGAGUUGUUCAGAAGAUUCCCUGUGUGCAUCGCGCCUGACAAUGUGACGCAACAUUUCAGAUUACCCGUGAGCGAGGAUUCAUAUUGCGAGAGUCUUGCGAGAGAAGCUGAUGCAGACUUUGUUAUUUCGUCUAGUGGCCUCAAGUGUCUGUUGAACAACAUAGAUCCGGAUUAUUCAAACUCGUGGCUCAUACCAGUGGUCGUGAAAUCGCAUCAUGGAAAGAAUAUUGUUUACGUCAAUAAGAGAUUACCACCAAGCGCCGCCACUAUACCGCAAAAGAAUACCUGGGUAUAUAAAUAUGUACUUAGACAGUACUUCGUUGACGUUGAAAGAAAAUCAUCAGAAGAAACAAAAUAUACGAAAAAAGAAGACAAAUCUGAGAAAGCUGCGAAUUCGGACACGGAUAGUAACGAUAGUACAUUUUAUAAUUAUCUUAAUAACUUUGAAGAAGAUUUGGCUUUAUCAGAUCCAGACGAACCGGGAAAUUCAGAUAAUCCAGCAAAUGGCGAAACUGAUUUUAAAAUGGAUAUGAAACAAAAUGUGUCGUAUAAGCUUUUCACAAUAGGGCCAGCGGAAUCUCCACAGCAUGAAAGAAUAAAGCACGGCGUGAAGGAAUAUCAAAUGUUGGUUCGUACAAAGACGGAUGGGAUUGAGAUGUUGCCAAACGGAAAAUCAGAGUUUUUAAUAUUAGCACCGAGGAUGGAGCAUCAGACAGGACUUGGAGCUGAAGCUGUAACAUUGGAGGAAGGCUUGCACCAAUGGGCUUCAUUGAAAUUUAGACCAGACACAUCGUUAGCUAGAGUUAGGAUAGAAACUAACACUGCAGAAGUAAUACAAAUAGAAAGGCUUACAACAAUGUCGCUGAGCAAUGAAAUGAAACGACUUUAUAAUGUCAAGGUAGAAGAUUCUCUAAGCGUUUUGUAUAAUAUAAUCGAAGGAUUAGCAUCCUUGGCUCCUGGCCAGUAUAUUCUGCGACAUGUUCCACAAAAUGGACCAUUUGCUUAUGUUUAUAAGCAAACCGAAGAAAUUGGGAAAGAUGUCAUUGACUUACAUACGGUUUGUGAGUCCACGACGUUUCAUACGAUACCCAAAACACCAUGGCCACCCAUAGACAAUAUGAUGACAACACCAGCGCUCAGGUGUUUUAAGAGAAUGCCUGCGAUGUUUAAUCCGUUUGUCCCGGGUCAAAAAAUGUCCGGUCGACCUAGAGGACGCCCAAAGAAAAUUGUCACUGAUAAUCAAGUUCCUACAUCUGUCCGAAGAAGCGGUCGGCUGAAAGAAACGAAUAAAAAGUUAAAAAAGAGAAAAGGCAGCAUAAUUAUCUAGAAAUGUCUGUUUUAAAGAGAUUUGUUUUCCAAAGUUUGUUUAUUUUACAAUGGAAUCUCCGUAUUCUUCAAUCUUUCCAUUUCUUCUUUUUGGCUGCUCUCAUUAUUUGCAUCACAUUUAUGCAUAUUUAAAUUGAAAAUGUGUGUGCACAAUUAAUUUAAAAUAAUGACAUGUUCAUUUUAUAUGUGCGUGAUCAAAUAUAAAAUAGUGGGAAAGUAGCGUGAGAGGAAAAGUGAUUAAAAAUAAAACAAAAAAUAUUUUCAAUAACUUUAAUAAUUAAUUGGCAAUUAGAACCAGGCGCAGUAAUUCAUGCGCUGAAAAAAUAUUUUCUUUAUAUGUGCAAUUAACGUACAAAGUAUAGUUAUAACUUCAUUGAUAUGUAAAGACUAUGGAAAAUACUGUUAAUUGCCGAUAUUAUGGACAUGAACCAAACAAUAUUCAUAUCGGUGAAGUUUUCUCCGAGACCACAUUAUUUAUUCUAAUUGCAUGAGCAGAAUAAAAAUGUUCUAUCGACUAUCUUUCACUUGUCUUUUUACUUUGUACGUAGUGUAACAACAAAUGCGAACAGUAAAAAAAAACAGUAAAAUUCGGAGAAAAUUUACUUUUAUUGACAUUAAUCUGGUUCAUAUGGAUAUUUGAUUGUAUAUAUUUGUAGUUUGUUGUAUAUGCAGAAUUAAUAAUACACAAAUGAACUUUUUCUUCUAGUUUGAUAAACGUAUAUGCUUUAUGAAAAUGUUUUAAAUUGUAAUAUUUUAAUUUAUUUUAUAAACUGUUAUAUCUGUAAGUAUGCUUAGAUGUACACGCAAACAU